GUACCAACAUGACACUUUCCCGUCCAUAAUACCGAUUGUGAGCAUUCUAAUGUUCGCGUUUUUUAGGUUGUGAAAAAGGUUUUCAAAGAAAAUUUAGCCCAGCAAAAAGUUCAUUUAAUACCGGUUUACGACUUUCAUCGACUAUGAGUUCUACACAUCACUCCGUCGAUAAAGCCCUAAAAUUAUUACGAACAUUGCCCCGUGUACAGAUUGGAAAUAUUCGUGACAAUCCCAAUUCAAAACGGAACGGAACACGACGCCGCGGACAGCAUGGAGGCGAAACACACGGUGCCGGUAUAAAAGAUCACCAAAAUCACUUGCGUCUGGGAUACGAAACCGGCAACACACCAUUCUAUCUUAGAUUUCCGUAUGAACCAUACUACCGUGGACACCAUCUUCGACGUGAGUAUCCACCGAUCAGUUUGGAACGGCUGCAAUUAUUUUUGGAUACUGACCGUAUCGACAAGAAGCAACCCAUAGAUCUUACGGCAUUCUGCAACACCGGCCUGUACCAUAUUCGACCGGAGCGCUAUCAAUUCGGUGUCCAAUUGACAGAAGAAGGAGCGAACAAAUUUAACGCUAAAAUUAACAUUGAAGUCCAACAUGCAAGUGAAUUGGUUAUUGCCACCAUUGAACGGAACGGUGGCGUAAUUCGAACGGCUUAUUAUGAUCAGCACAGUUUGAAUGUCGCAAAAAAUCCGACCAAAUGGUUCGAAAAAGGUGUUCCUAUACCGAGACGAAUGUUGCCACCUGCAGAUGCUGUCGACCAAUAUACCGAUCCGAAGAAUCGAGGCUAUUUGGCUGAUCCAGAGGCAAUCAGUUAUGAGAGGAUGGUCUUGGCACAAAAGUAUGGCUACGAGCUGCCGAAAAUCGAAGACGAUCCAGACUACGAGAUGCUUUCACAAGCUAAAGAUCCGAGACAACUAUUUUAUGGGUUGAAUCCUGGAUGGGUAGUGAGUCUUCGUGACAAAGCAAUCAUUAGACCCGUUACUGCAUAGUUAGGAGUAACGUUCAACCAUGGAAAGUAGUAUGUAAAAUAAAAUUCAAAAAUUCAAA